CUUGUUUUCUUCCAGAAUGGGUUCUAUUUGGGUUCCCUGGGUGGUGGCUUUGUUAGUGACGGUAAUCAGGCUGGAUUCCUCCAUGACUCAAGGCAGAGAUUCUCCAGAAGAUUUUGUGAUUCAGGCAAAGGCUGACUGUUACUUCACCAAUGGGACAGAAAAUGUGCAGUUUGUGGUCAGAUUCAUCUUUAACCUGGAGGAGUAUGCACGUUUUGACAGCAACUUGGGGAUGUUUGUGGCCUUGACGGAGCUGGGCCAGCCUGACGCUGAGCUGUGGAACAAUCGGCCCGAUAUACUGGCAAGGAGUAGAGCCUCUGUGGAUGCGCUCUGCAGACACAACUACAAGCUGGGUGCACCCUUCACUGUGGGGAGAAAAGUGCAACCAGAGGUGACAGUGUAUCCAGAGAGGAUCCCAGCCUUGCAGCACCGCAAUCUGCUGCUUUGCUUUGUGACAGGUUUCUACCCAGGGGACAUCAAGAUCACGUGGUUCCGGAAUGGGCAGGAACAGAGAGAGGGGGUCAUGUCCACUGGCCUCAUUAGGAAUGGAGACUGGACCUUUCAGACAAUGGUGAUGCUAGCAAUGACACCUGAACUUGGAGAGGUCUACACCUGCCUUGUUGAUCAUCCCAGCCUGCUGAGCCCUGUUUCUGUGGAGUGGAGAGCUCAGUCUGAAUAUUCUUGGAGAAAGAUGCUGAGUGGAAUUGCAGCCUUCCUGGUUGGGCUAGUCUUCCUUCUGGUGGGGAUCGUCAUCCACACCAGGGCUCGGAAAGGACGUGUGGAGACUCUGUUGUCUGGUGCUGAGGUCCCAAGAGCAGUUCUUCGUCCAUAA